CAGGAAGCUCUUUGAUGGGACUGGGAACCGCUGCUUCAUAAUGGGAGUAACGGUCUACAACAUCUCCUCCACCUCAGCCAGGGUGAACUGGCCGGCGUUGCCCACCUGCCUGGACACCUUCUACAGCGUCAUGUACGAUCCCAACUGGAACAGCCUCAUCAUGGGCUACAAGCGAAAGAGCUUCAGGCACGAGGAGCGCAUCCCCGUCACCCAGACCAGCACAUACCUGGGCAACCUCCUGCCCCAAACUGCCUACUUCCUUUGUGUGACGUGCCAGGCCGCCGACCCCGUGCGGGAACAGUGCCAGGUGUUCAGCACCCCAGGCGAAAACAGCGAAGGCCACGACCGGGCGGGCUGGGAGCUGGCUGUGGGCGUGUGGCUGACCUGCUGCCUCUUGCUGCUGGUCAUCGCCGGCAUCCUGAUGUGGGGAUGCCUUCACAACAUGUGCUACCUGCCAGGGAGAACUCCAGAGAGCCGCCCUGUUGUCACCUCCUCCGUGCGUCAAGACAUGUCCAGCUCGGGGCACCUCUUCGCGGUCAGAAGCGGCAGCGAGGAAAGUAUCAAACGGGGCGCAGCCAUGCAGUCCUCGCUGAUGCUGGCGCAGCCCGCUGGACAUGUAAUUACCCCGGAGCAUGAGAGCUAAGCUGGCUGACAGAGAUCUAGCAUUAAUCGACUGGAUUAAGGUCAUCACAGUAUUGUUCUGCCCCAGCUGAAUUAUCGCUCAUCGUUUUACCCACUCAAUGAAAAUCCUAUUUGUGUUUACAGGAAUAGAUGUUUUCUCAAGAUCCAUUCAAAACGAUAUAUUUGUACCAUUCUAAGUAAAUUAAUCUAAACAUAUAAGCCGUUACAGUGAAUCGCUCCACUAGACCUACAAACCUACUAAAAGGUCUUAUUAAACUUUUUGCUCCACUAGUUUUUGGAGGAGCUUUUUUUUUCCCACUCAACUUUUUGCAUAAGACUUUAAGCUUUAAGACUUUGUAAAGCUUCCUAUAUCAAAACGUCCUUUCCUUCCUAUUCUACAGUGACCUCAUCAACCUGCAGUUAACCUUUAGUUUGAACAUGUGCUUCUGCACAGCUGGUCCGAUCAUGACAGAAGUCUAUCCUUUGCUUAUGGAACACAGUGA